AUUAAAAUACCAAGAGAGUCUACUCUCUAUUCUGCUCUCUCUUCUUUCUUCGAAUGUUUUAUUUGCAUAAAAUUGUAGAAACUAGAAAGAAGGAGUGAGAAAGCAGAACAAGAUGAGAGAGGUAAUAAGUAUUCAUAUUGGACAAGCUGGAAUUCAGGUUGGGAAUUCAUGUUGGGAGCUCUAUUGCCUUGAGCAUGAAAUUCAACCUGAUGGCAUGAUGCCAAGUGAUACCUCGCUUGGUGUGGCGACAGAUUCUUUUAACACGUUCUUCAGCGAGACGGGAUCAGGAAAGCACGUGCCGAGGGCUAUAUUCGUCGACUUAGAGCCUAGUGUGAUUGAUGAAGUAAGAACUGGUCAUUACAGACAACUCUUCCACCCUGAGCAAUUAAUAUCUGGCAAAGAAGAUGCUGCUAACAAUUUUGCCAGAGGACAUUACACUGUUGGAAGAGAGAUUAUCGAGCUAUGCCUCGAUCGAGUUAGAAAAUUGGCGGAUAAUUGCACCGGUUUGCAAGGAUUCUUGGUUUUUAAUGCUGUUGGUGGAGGCACUGGCUCUGGUCUUGGAUCGUUGCUUUUGGAACGAUUAUCUGUGGAUUAUGGAAAGAAAUCUAAACUUGGAUUCACUAUCUACCCUUCUCCUCAGGUAUCUACUGCAGUUGUUGAACCUUACAACAGUGUCCUUUCCACUCACUCCCUUCUGGAGCACACUGAUGUGGUUGUGCUUUUAGACAAUGAAGCAAUAUAUGACAUCUGCAGAAGAUCAUUAGACAUUGAAAGGCCAACUUACACCAACUUGAACCGUCUCAUUUCUCAAAUCAUCUCAUCCUUAACCACUUCCUUGAGAUUCGACGGUGCGAUCAAUGUGGACGUUACUGAGUUCCAAACUAACCUUGUGCCGUAUCCUCGAAUCCAUUUUAUGCUCUCAUCCUAUGCACCUGUCAUUUCGGCUUCUAAGGCAUUCCAUGAGCAGCUAUCGGUUCCUGAGAUCACCAGUGCUGUUUUUGAGCCGUCAAACAUGAUGGCUAAGUGUGAUCCUAGACAUGGCAAGUACAUGGCUUGCUGCCUCAUGUAUCGCGGCGAUGUUGUGCCGAAAGAUGUAAAUGCGGCUGUUUCAAAUAUCAAGACAAAGCGAACAGUUCAGUUUGUUGACUGGUGUCCUACUGGUUUCAAGUGUGGAAUCAACUACCAGCCUCCAACAGUAGUACCGGGAGGUGAUCUUGCGAAGGUGCAGCGAGCAGUUUGUAUGAUAAGCAACAACACGGCUGUGGCGGAGGUUUUCUCUCGUAUCGACUACAAAUUUGAUCUCAUGUAUGCUAAGCGUGCAUUCGUCCACUGGUAUGUUGGUGAAGGAAUGGAAGAAGGUGAGUUCUCAGAAGCCAGGGAGGAUCUUGCUGCACUCGAAAAGGAUUACGAAGAAGUUGCAGCAGAAGAGAACGAAGACGAAGAAGACGCCCAAGAAGGUUACUGAACAUCAAAGUU